UGUGGAGGGUAAGAGGCGGUGCUGGGACAAAAGGUGAACGUAUUUAGAGGGAGCGUAGACCUGAAGCUUUCUGGUUUUGGUGCUAGUCAAAAUGAAGCCGUACGUGCUGCUCUUGGCCCUGCUGCAGUCCAUGGGAUGCUUGGGACUCCCACUGUACAACUCUGAGCUGGAGUCCAUGGCAGACAGGGGUCUUGGAGCAGCUGUGGCACAGGUCAACUCCAUGUAUGCCGUCAGACAUCUUUACCGGGUGACUCGAGGGUCUGUCACAAGGGUUAUUCCCAUGGGCCUGAACACCUUUGACCUGAUGAUGUCAUUUGACGUUAAAGAGACAGAGUGUGCGAAGGCUUCCACCAACGACCCCCGGGCGUGUGCUUUCAGACCUGGCUUCUUUGUGCCAUCCUUCACCUGCUCCAGUCGGGUCCGCACGUCUGCCACCUCCGCCCAGGUGGUGUCUCUAAAAUGCAGCCAUGAUGGGAGCUCCAGCUCAGAGUCCAGUGAGGAGUUGAUCUCAAGAGGGAGACACCAGUUCAACAUCCCACUCAACAGAGAACCAGCUCCUUCUGCACCUCCUCCACCCGUCCAGCCCGGUCGCUCCCUCUUUGGCCAGACUGCAGAGGCCCGGCCCAGAGGAGACAGCUUCAGUAACUACCUGGUGUGAAAGACAUUUAGGUGCUCAUCAGAGGACAAACUCGAAUUAAAAAUUGACAUUUGCACAA